CCCAGAACGGGAGCGCGAGGCGCGAAUUCACGCGCGUGGCUUGGACUCAUGAGUUCAGAACUAAUGGGUCAAAACCAGCUCGGUUCCGAGUUAACCCGGACUACAGCAGAAAUCUGGUUCCGGUUCUGGUUUAUUGCACUGUCAGUGGAAGACCUGUUUCCAAAAACUGUUUUCAAAGCUGCUGACACACACACACACACACACCUGGGCAUCAGGAGGUCACGUGGUACAGGAAGUCACACAGGUUCUGGUCCCGAGUCCAUGGAGGAGGUCUGACUGAGGAGGUUCUGAGAAGCUGAAGAUGGCGUUACCGAGCAGAUCUGCCGCCUCCUCCGUCCUCCUGUCUGCUGGGAUGGAAACGCCGGCGCUGCAGCGCAACGUUCCAGCCCUGGAGAUCAAACUGGGCGCGCUGGUGGUCCUGCUGUCCGUCACGCUGCUGUUUGGGUUCGUCCCCCUCUGCAUCGUCCGGAGGACGGGCUGCUGCAGCGUGGACCCCGACUUUCGCCAUCUGCUGCUGAGUCUGAUCAGCUGCUUCGCUGGAGGCGUCUUCUUGGCCACCUGCCUGCUGGACCUGCUGCCCGACUACCUGCAGGGCAUCGGGGAUGCCUUCAGCACCGCCGGCAUCGUACUCCAGUUCCCUCUGCCGGAGUUCAUCGUGGCCAUGGGCUUCUUCCUGGUCCUGGUCCUGGAGCAGAUUGUCCUGGCCUUCAAGGACCAGUCUUCCUCUCUCCCGGAGGAACACCGGGCUCUGAUAGCGGACUCCCACGUCCAGGCGGAGGGGGGCGCUCCCCAGCCCAACCGCAGGGCUUCUGUGGAGUCCGACAGCCACUUUCACGUGGACUUUGGUUCUCAGUCGGCACUGCGAACCUUCAUCCUGGUCUUCUCGCUCUCUCUGCACUCGGUGUUUGAGGGUCUGGCGGUGGGGCUGCUGGAGGAGAGCGAGGAGGUCCUGGAGGUCUGCCUGGCCCUGAUGAUCCACAAAAGCAUCAUCUCCCUCAGCCUGAGCUUCCAGCUGUCUCAGGGCCGGCUGCGGCGCUCGGCCAUGGUCGGCUGCCUGCUGGUGUUCGCCAUCAUGUCCCCGCUGGGCAUCGCGCUGGGCGUCGGCCUCACCGAGACUAGGACGUCCCCCCAGCACCAGCUGGCCCGCUGCUCGCUGGAGGGGCUGGCCACUGGGACCUUCAUCUACAUCACCUUCAUGGAGACCCUACCCCACGAGCUGGCCUCCUCCAGGAGCCGCAUCCCCAAGGUGGCCAUGAUGCUGCUGGGCUUCACCGUGGUCACCGGCGUGCUCUUCAUCAAGCUGUAAGCAUGGCAACGCAGCUGAGGCCUCGCUACGCACUGGUUUUAAAUGUUUAAUGGCCCCACACGAGACCUCUGACAUGGACCAGAACAGAAUCUGGAGUCCAGAACUGGAUUAGAACUGCAAGCUGAAGGAGACGUCAGAGACGAAUGGACAGAAACUAACCUGAAGAGGAAGAUGAGGAUGGUGAACGGCGCUGAAAGAAGAUCAUUGGCUGCCGUCCCGGUCCAGAUAGAUCCUAUCAGGUCCAUUCGUCCAAUCGGAUCCGAUCGGAUUUGUCUCUUCGGUUCGGUUCAAAUUAAGUCAUCUUCAUUAAAUGAACGAGCUUCAUUUUUAUCCACAAAGUUGCAAUAAGCCAGUUUUUCUUCUUCUGGUUCAGGUCGUCUCCGUCUGAGUGUUUCUCAGUCCAGGUCCUCAGGACCCGCUGCCUGCAGGUCUUAGAUGUGUUCCUACUCCAACAAACCUGAUUCAGAUUCAUGAACGUCCUCAUCCAGGUCUCUGCAGCCUGUUGCCGAGACAUUCAGCUCGUCCAGGUGUGUUAAAGAAGGGGCCACCUCUAAAACCUGCAGGGAUGUGGGUCCUGAGGACCUGGACCGAGGACCGGACUGCUUUACAGCACAGCUGAUCACAACUUUUAGUUUAGUUUCCAUGGAAACGCUGAUGUUUGAGUUUGGAAUCGGAUCAAAGUCUGUCUGAAUGAACAUGGAUGAAGUUCCAAACACCAGCUCGUAUCUCCAGCAUCAUGAGUCUUCCUCUUCCUCUCUGACCAUCGUCAUCAUCUGGAACCUGCUGCUGCAGCAGCCAGUAGAGAACCCGGGAUCCUUGUUGGUUGGGUUUUCCAGUCCAUUCCUGUUAGAUCCAGAUUUCCUGGUUGUUGUCCGACCCUGGAAGGUCCUGACCGUGGUGGUCUCUGUCCUUGUCCUUUCCAGAUGUUUCCAGAACAUUCUGCUCUGUGGACGCUGGAAAACCAAAGUUCUUUCCAGCCUGUCUGAGGAACAGUUCUAGAUUAUUCUCUAUGGAGUUUGGACCAAAGUGGAACCCUGCUCCAUCCUGGCUGAAAAGACAC